UGGCAUGCCAGAAAGGGACGUUAUUGGCUUAUCAAUGAGGUGCUAGCUACGGAUUAUGCACAGGAUAUAUUCAGAACGUCUCUGAAAAGUCUUCUUUUAUGCUUGGACGAUCCCCGACCCCUCCAGGCACUGAUGGUUCGAUAUGCGGAUCUGGCUCCAACUGCUAGUAUCGAAUUUUCAGCACAUGCUGCCAACGUCCCGGUCGUGUUAUCUUUAAACAACACUUCUCGUGGAUACGUUCACGUAAUUAGUGUGGUUUCUGGAGAACUGAACCCCUACGAAUUAGUACGCAACUUGACAACUUACAAAUCGAUUAACCCUCAGGGAAUUUUUAUAAUUUUGCACAGCUAUUUCGAUAUGAACUAUGAAAAGGUGCGAUUAAUACAAGUCUUAUUCGUCCUACGUUUCGGAAUAGAACGCCUGGUUCAUCUGUUGCCUUAUAAAACCGCGGUGGUGCUUUUCUCCACGGGAUAUGACCCGAUUGCAAGGAAGUGGUCCGUCUUAGGAAAGUCGGUGCCAACUUUCUGCAAAGAGCAACUUGAUGAACGCACCAAGAAAUUGCAACUUAACACUGCUGUUGAAAAUGUAAGGGGCUUUAAAUUCGGAUUCGCACUUCAGGAGCAGAUUACAUGGGUCGAUAGAGGGGGUAAUCAGCGUAUAGGAGGUCAUGACUACGAGUUCGCCAAGCUACUGCAAAAACUGGGAAUGGUGGGGAAAUUUAUUAAAGGUCCACCAGAGCAAGAACUAAGGGACGACAAAGUG